AUGUCUAACAAAAAUUUAAGAGCAAGACGAUAUCCGUCUUCAACCACCCGAAUCGUACAUCCGCAAUCCUCGCAUUUUGUUACCGACUACAUAUUUGAUUAUGUUGCGAAAGGGAAAUCUGGUGGUGGUGCAUAUUUCCUAGACGGUCAUCGCAAGGUUCACUACGUUCUAGUUUUAACGAGACCACAGGCGUAUUAUCACAGGACAUUAAUCAACCUUGUGAUAACUAAGUUAGAAGACUACGGCUUGGAUAUUGAACAAGAUUUAGGAAUUACAAUUCCUGUGGUGUUUAUAAAGAUACAUAUAUCGGAAGAAGUGGCGAAACAAUAUUUAGACACGUAUGAUAUACAGCCAGAAUUUUUAACCGAUUUUGAUUACACCGACCCUAAUCCUGAUCAGUUUACGUUAUUUAAAACUCCCUUACAAAAUAAAAAUGUAUUUCAUGAAUUAGAAACAGAGUCGCUGACACAAAACAAAUUACGAAUUAUAAUAUGCAUGUUAGAUAAAGUGCAGUAUGGACCAGAAGAAGAUAUGCAGGGUAUUGAUAAAUUAAAAAACAGAGGCAUAUUUCUAGAUCAUUACCCAUUACAUGAUGGGCCAAUACAAAUCGAAUACUGGCACAAUGAUGACCUUAUAAAUGACAGAACUUUAUUAGCUAAAUAUUGGUCGAGUUUCUCAUGCUGGUAUAAAGGUAAACCCUUAGAUUUGAUACAUAAGUAUUAUGGAGCUGAAAUUGCUUUUUGUAAUGCCUGGAGUGAGGCCUAUGAUUACGCCAUGUUACUACCAGUUGCUAUUGUGGGUACCAUUGUAUUUAUUAUUAAUUACGUCAGAACAAAUAACUAUACACCUGUUGACUUAGCUGAACUCUGCGAAGCGGAAGAAUGGUUAUGUAAAUUUUGUCACCAGGUAUAUGGAUGUAGACCAGUUAAACUUAAAGCUUACUGUAAUCAGUUCAAAAAUAUUCGUUACUUUGAAAAUAUGAUCAACAUUUCUUUCUCUAAUUUUGUAAUAAUUUGGGCACUUAUCUUUAACAAAUAUUGGCAAAGGAAGGAAUAUUAUUUAAGACGACGGUGGAAUCUCUUAGAAGUUUCUUUGCAAGAAGAAAUUGAAGUAAGGUUGGGUUAUAAAGAAAAGGCUAAAAGAAUAGUUGAAGGAAACAAGGUAAAUUUUGAAAUUGAUAGAAAUAGAAAAAUGCUAAGAAUACUAUGCGCCAUCAUACUGUAUAUGCUAUCGAUAGGAGUAAUACUAUUGUUUUUAUUUGGGAAACAAACUUUAAUGGUUGGUAUAGAAACGUUGAUAAAGCAUUUUACCGAAUAUGAUGCAAGUGUUUGGCUCUCUGGCCUGGGAUACACUUUACAGGCAACAUUCACUAUGACUUUUUCUAAAUGUGUAGUGGCCAUUGGUGCAAUACUUACCGACUUGAUCGUACCGAAAACUCAAGGGAACUAUGAUCGACUAAUCUUAUUUUUAACAUUUACUUUAGAUAUUAAUAACAACUACUUGCCACUGAUCCACACAGGAUUUGGAAAGAAUACACACCGAUAUGUGGAUAAAGAUUCGCCUUGGCCUUUUUUUCAUAAAGAUUACUGCGAUCCGAGUCCGUGUUUAUUGGACUUGUACAUGCAGUAUGCUGUGUUGUUAACUUUGAAAACAUUUAUUGAAAAAAUAUGUGUGAUAUUAAUUCCGAAAAUAAAAAAAACAAUUAAGACAUAUAUGAAAGAAAAACUCAAGAAGGACGAUAUGCCUCAAUAUGAAGAGGAAUACAAAUUAGCUUCCACUUCAACAUAUAUGGUGAAUAUGUUCUUAUCAAAGAAAGUAAUACAGUUGGGGCUUAUUUUGGCCUUUGUAUAUUCCUUUCCAUUGGCACCAUUAUGCGCUUUAAUACACAACAUCUUAUCAUCUAGAAUUGAAGCAACCUCGCUUGUAUUCAAUACCAGAAGACCUGCUCUUAAAAAAGGAGUUUAUGGUGUUGGUGUAUGGAAUAGAAUAGUAUUUUAUUUAAUAAUCGUGGGAGGUGUCAUGAAUAUUAUUUUAAUCUGUUUUCUUAGUGACGUUUUAGAUCGACUGCUUGUUGAAUAUAAUCAUAGUGAUCUUACAUAUAGCAUGUAUAUAAUAUUUUCAGUGUUUCAGCCGCAAAGAAAUUUUAUCAACAUUACAAAUGAGAAUUAUUGUCUUUUCCGAGGGGAACAGUAUCCGCCACAUCACGUUUACAAAUACGAAUUGAGUAAAUUUGGCAUUCAUAUAAUGUUCAGUAAAUGUAUAGUAAUUUUGGCCUUUGAGGUAGUUAUGUCCGCCAUUUUUAUAAGUUUGGAUGCUCUAAUACCAACAGUACCACUGAUUGUCAAGAAAAAUUGCUUCAUAGAUAGAACGAAUUUGGACAAUGCCUUCAACAAAAAAUUUAACAAACAGAUUGAUCUACUAUUCACUGAUACACACACACCAGGUUCAGCGCUCGACUCGAAGAAAUCAACUUUACAUAUUAUUGAUCAUCAAGAAGAUUCAGACGAGGAAAGUGAAGAAGAGGACUCGGAAGAUGAGGAACCUGUGGAUUUCGAAGACGAUGAGUCUGAAGAUGAAGAGAAAGAUGCUAAAAAGGCGCUAGCUGAGGAGUAUUCGGAUGAAUUUGAUUUAGACAAUCCGUUCACAGUAGAUAAAAGCUAAAUUGACACUUAAUAUUGUAAUCUUUAAUUAUUAGACGGUUUUUUUAUAAAGAUUUAUUAUACCAGUUUAUAUUACAUAUGUUAAAUUA